UUUUACGACAAUAAAUUUGCAGAAUAUUGCCGAACUGGUAGCUAUAAGUGGGCGGAGCCUGGUCGGGUAUUAUCUUAGAGCUCAGUCGGGUUUGUACACUCAGUUCCAGUGGUUUCCUUGCUGCAGUUCCAAACUAAAGUCAGACGUCGGAACAAAGAUAACAUGUCAAGGCAACAAAAAACUGUGUUUGUCACUGGAGGGACUGGAUACAUCGGAUCCCACUGCAUUCUGGAGCUUCUGAAUGAAGGCUACGAAGUUGUCACUAUAGAUAACCUGACUAACAGUCGUGCUGGAGCCCUCAGAAGAGUGCAAGAAAUCACUGGCAAAUCAGUCAUAUUUUAUCAGUGUGAUUUGCUUGAUGGAGAGGCUGUCAACAAAAUAUUUUCAAAGCACAAGAUAGACUAUGUAAUCCAUUUUGCUGCGAUGAAGGCUGUUGGGGAAUCAAUGCAGUUUCCUUUAAUUUAUUACAAAAACAAUGUUAUUGGAACUAUUAAUCUUAUGGAGGCAAUGAAAGCCCACAAUGUAUACCAGAUGGUGUUCUCAUCCUCUUGCACAGUGUAUGGUGACCCCGAACACCUUCCCAUCAAAGAAGAUCAUCCUACUGGAAAUGUUACCAAUGUAUAUGGUCGCACUAAGUAUCUCAUAGAAGAAAUGUUAAAGGAUCUCUCUAAAGCAGAGGAGAAAUGGAAUAUAAUUUCCCUCAGAUACUUCAACCCAGUAGGUGCCCAUCCAUCAGGACGAUUAGGUGAAGAUCCAACUAAGAAUUUCACAAAUCUGAUGCCCUAUAUUGGCCAAGUAGCAAUUGGAAAGAAAGACUCUCUUACUAUUUUUGGAAAUGAUUACAAUACUGUUGACGGAACAGGGGUGAGAGAUUAUAUUCACGUGAUGGAUUUAGCAUCUGGACAUGUUGCAGCUCUAUCUAAACUGGAGAAAGAGCACUUGAGGUACAAGCCUCUGAACCUUGGCCUGGGUCAUGGGUUGUCUGUGCUGCAGUUUAUAAAGGAAUUUGAGCGUAUCACCAAGACAACUAUUCCUUACCACUUCGUUGAAAGGAGGGUUGGCGAUGUUGCAACUUUGUUCUGUGAUGGGAGCCGAAGCAUGGAAGAGCUUAAUUGGAAACCAAUCAGAGAUUUCCAGGUUAUGUGUGAAGACUUUUGGAGGUGGCAAACUAUGAAUCCUGAUGGUUAUGCCAAGGAUGAACCAUUUCCUCCAUCCAGACUUGAGGACUCAAUCCCGGGGAAAGUUCAUAGCUCCAACCAGCUUGCUGGAGAAUCCUCCUCCAUAACUAAUGGCAUGAAUGGUGUUACAGCACACUAAGAUUUUUUAAUGCAAAGUAUACCGUGUAUGAUUAUGUGGGCAUUUGGUAUACGUAUUACUUAAAUCGAGCGCUGUAGACGUUCCCUUGAAAAGAAUACAUGAAAAACUUUGGUUAGAAUAACAAUCUUUUCAAUUUCCUUGCUAUAUUUUUAAAGCAAUUCCAAAGUACACAAAUACAUACUGGUGCUUCUUUCCAGUUUCAUUGUAGAUUUUAAAAGAUAAUUCUUAAUCAAACAUAUUUGAUUGUUGCAGGCAUUCAUUUGUGUUUAAGAAAUACAAACUGCCACCAUUAUGUAAUAGGAUUUCUUCAAUGCAAAGUACUCAUAUACAAAAAGCUCUUGUUUGCAUAUUUAUGAAAAAUACAAACUGCAUUAAAAUGUUGUAUUUCAUUCAUUUUGUAAGUAAUCAUUAGUGGCAGUACUUAUUUGCUGGCUAAAAUAUUCUGGAGAUCUAUGUUAAGUUUCCUGUAGGAGCCAUAAAAUUUUUUGGACAUUGGUUUUUUUAUAUUGUUGUACAUUAUUAGAAAAUUUUUCAUUUUUAACAUGAUUUUCUCAGAAAUUAAUAUUGUUGUCUAAAUAAAAAAAAUGUAGUAGUUUUCAAGAGUUAACUUCAAUUGUAUGUACCAAAGCUGAAGAUGAAGAGCUUAAAAACUAAUCAUACUGAAGUAUGUUCAUCAGCUUUGUACUGUAACAUAUAUGUUGCAUAAUCUACUUUAAUGUAAGUUGUCACUUAGUUACUUUUAUUAUGCUUGGAAAAUUUUCUAAUGUUUGAAACCUCCAGUGAUGCUUGUAAGGUUACUUUAUUAUUUAUAAUUUAAAAAUGGUAAAUAUUAUUAUUUAAUAUUUUAAUUCUACUCUACAUUUUUUAUGCUUUAUGAUGUAAAUUAUCAAUGUUAUCAGAAUUGCAUUCAUUGUUCAAUAAAUGCAUUUAUUAGCUUCACAAAUCAAAAUUUUUUAAUCCAUCGUUAUCACUAAAAUAGAGUACUGUACUUGUAUGAAUACUUAUGUGAACGGCUGCUGCUAAAAUCCAUAAUUCCAUAACAUUUUGUAAAUAAAGGUGCCAUACUACCAGCUUGGAUGAAGUGUUUAUGCAUUAUACAGUGUUUAAUGGUACAAAUGAAUGAAGAAAACCUUCACUGUACUUUAUUUCGGCAUAUGGACACAAUGUGUUCUUGUAGUGAAGCAAUUGAAAUUACAUUGAGUUUGUCAUUUAACACAUAAAAGUAUUAUUAUUUAUAACUUGGAACAAAAUAAAGUGGGAAAUAUUUAA